AGCUCCACAGCUCUUUCUGGUAGCAGGCAGCCAUCUUGCCUGGAGCUUGAGAAAGGGAGAAGAGAGACCGAAGGAACGGGUGACGACACUGGGCUCAGGGCCGCCCCGGGGGCCUCAAGAGCCGGAGGCAGCCCCGGAGGUGGUCCUGGAUCCUGGGCUAUGCUCUAAGGCCAGAAAAAGGCUCCCGCGGGCAGACGCACUGUAGAAGGAAGCUGGGGAAUGGCCGCCGUGUGGCAGCAAGUCUUAGCAGUGGACGCGAGGUACAACGCCUACCGCACACCAACGUUUCCACAGUUUCGGACCCAGUAUAUCCGCCGGCGCAGCCAGUUGCUGCGGGAGAAUGCCAAGGCAGGGCACCCCCCAGCACUGCGUCGACAGUACCUGAGGCUACGGGGCCAGCUAUUGGGCCAGCGCUACGGGCCACUCUCUGAGCCGGGCAGUGCUCGUGCCUACAGCAACAGCAUUGUCCGCAGCAGCCGCACUACCCUUGAUCGAAUGGAGGACUUUGAGGAUGAUCCUCGAGCCCUGGGGGCCCGGGGUCACCACCGUUCUGUCAGCCGAGGCUCCUACCAGCUGCAGGCACAGAUGAACCGUGCAGUCUAUGAGGACAGGGCUCCUGGCAGUGUGGUGCCCACAUCGGUGGCAGAGGCAAGUCGGGCCAUGGCUGGGGACACAUCGCUGAGUGAGAACUAUGCCUUUGCAGGCAUGUACCAUGUUUUUGACCAGCACGUGGAUGAGGCAGUCCCAAGGGUGCGCUUCGCCAAUGAUGACCGGCACCGCCUGGCCUGCUGCUCACUGGAUGGCAGCAUCUCCCUGUGCCAGCUGGUGCCUGCUCCACCCACUGUGCUUCAUGUGCUGCGGGGCCACACCCGUGGUGUCUCUGAUUUCGCCUGGUCCCUCUCCAAUGACAUCCUGGUGUCCACAUCCCUUGAUGCUACCAUGCGCAUCUGGGCAUCUGAAGACGGCCGCUGCAUCCGGGAGAUCCCUGACCCUGAUGGCGCUGAACUGCUGUGCUGCACCUUCCAGCCUGUCAACAACAACCUCACUGUGGUGGGGAAUGCCAAGCACAAUGUGCAUGUCAUGAACAUCUCCACAGGCAAGAAAGUGAAGGGUGGCUCUAGCAAGCUGACAGGCCGCGUCCUUGCUCUGUCCUUUGAUGCCCCUGGCCGGCUGCUCUGGGCAGGUGAUGAUCGCGGCAGUGUCUUUUCCUUUCUCUUCGAUAUGGCCACAGGCAAACUGACCAAAGCCAAGCGGCUUGUAGUGCACGAGGGCAGCCCCGUGACCAGCAUCUCUGCCCGGUCCUGGGUUAGCCGUGAGGCACGGGACCCCUCACUGCUCAUCAAUGCCUGCCUCAACAAGCUGCUGCUCUACAGGGUGGUGGACAACGAAGGGACCCUGCAGCUGAAGAGAAGUUUCCCUAUUGAACAGAGCUCACACCCUGUGCGAAGCAUCUUCUGUCCCCUCAUGUCCUUUCGCCAGGGGGCCUGUGUGGUGACAGGCAGUGAAGACAUGUGCGUGCACUUCUUUGAUGUGGAGCGGGCAGCCAAGGCUGCUGUCAACAAGCUACAGGGCCACAGCGCGCCUGUGCUUGACGUCAGCUUCAACUGCGACGAGAGUCUGCUGGCCUCCAGUGACGCCAGUGGCAUGGUCAUCGUCUGGAGACGAGAGCAAAAGUAGGGUCCUGCCAGUCUUCCACUGCCUACUGUCCCCUCCCCAACUCACUCCCAGUCUUGUGUUGUAAAUAAAGUUCUGUGGUUUUGUUGAGGGGCAACUCCCAGGUCUCCCACAUGUAGGCACUAAGGGAGCUCUGGAACCUCCAGUGGAGUGGGGACCACUUAUUCGUGAAGUAAUGUGUUCAUCCAUUCAACAAGCACUGAGUAUUUGCUAUGCUGCAAUGUUUUAUGUAGUCAUGCAUUCAACAGAUGGUAUUGGGGGCCCCAACUGUGUGUGAGGAACUGUCCUAAGAGUGGACAUCGUGCAACUAUGGCCUCAACUAACAGAAAUCCCUGCCCUUGUGGGCUUGCAUCACAGUGGAGGCAAGCACACAGUAGACAAAAGUACAGUCUCUAUAAUUUGAUUUACAAUUUUUCAACUUUAUAACUUUUUGACUUUCCAGUGGUGCAGAAGAAUACCCCUGUCAUGUUUUUCCACUUUCAAUAUGGUGUUCAAUAAUUUACAUGAGCUAGUUAACACUUUCUUAUAAAAUAGACUUUGUAUUAGCUAAGUUUGCCCACCCGUAGACUAAUGUCAGUGUUCUGAGCACAUUUAAGGUAGGUGAGGCUAACCUAGAGUGUUGAGUAUGUUAGGUGUAUUAAUGCAUUUUCAACUUAAGAUAGUUUCAAGUUAAGAUGGAUUUAUUUGACUAUAACCCUGUCCUAAAUCAAGGAGCAUCUGUGUAUAAUAGAAUAGCUAAAGGAUGGUAUGAAGAAAAACAGAGGGAGCAAAGGAAAAAGAGUUGCAGGAAUGGGGUGGGAGAGCUUUUUUUGGUGAUGUCAUCAGGGAAGACAUUUCCUGGCAGGGUGACUAUUUUAAAGAUCUGUGUGAAAAGAGAGGAGUCAGAGUGUGGGAGUAGAACAUGCUCAUUAGAGAGAAAAGUUAGUACAAAGGUACUGAGAGUGGGGUGUGUGACACAGUGUGGCUGGACUGAAUGUGAUAGAUGAGACUGGACAGGCCAGUUCUGGAGGGCUUCUUGGGCCAUGGUGAGGAUCAUCUCUUUUCUUGACUGAAUGAGGAGGUGUGUGUUCUAGCAGCAGUGCAGGAAUUGGGUAGGGAAUGUUGGAUUCUACCUCAGGUUUUUUUUUUUUAUCAUAUUAGGCUGCAAAACUCCCCAAAAUGGCAGCUUCUGCGUGGGUAGGCCCCCACAUUUAUCUGUGCACUGAGCUGUUUCUCACAAGAAGGGAGCAGAAUUAUUGAGUUCUUGGAGUGGGGGCAACUGUGGACACUGAAACUGAGCAAGAGCUCAUGCUGUGAGGUAGAGGCAGUUGGAAAGCUCUGAGCCCACCCAUAUCUCCUCCCAUGUCUACCCAGGGCCCUAAUUUCAGCCCUGGAACAGCUCAGAGCCCAAAUACUAGUGUUUCCUAUUGGAGGGGAGUCACCAAAUAAGGAGAGAUUUCUUGGAUAUUGUUGAGGAGAUAAAUUCCAAAAUCCCUUGUCAGUGGUUAGAAUCACCAAGAAAUUUCAAAGUUGCCAGAAUUGUCAGGAACUCUUGCAGCUACUCCCUGCCAGCUCCAUAUUCUGCAACAAAUGCAUCAGUUUAAACUGUAGCUAACAUCUUGGGACCUAAAGGUCACUCCAGAGUCAUAAAAUCCAACAUGAUUGUUGAGCUCUUUGAAGGAAGAAUUGAAUUUCGUGUUUGUCCAGUCUAUUAUUUAACAGUGUGGUUACUUUCAGCUGAAAGCAUUUCUGACUGGUACUUCCUCCAUCAGAUAGAUGUUAGGUAAUGGUGAUGAGAUAGGGAUAUCAGUGAUCUGGACUGGUCAUGUGGUCAAGAUCAUUUAUGUAUGCCAACAUCCCUAAUCCAGCUGCAGGCUCAGUGAUUUCCUAAGACACAAAACUCAGCAUGUGGUUAUAUUCAUGACUAUAUCUUAAUACAGCUGAAAGAUACAACAAAUGGUACCUGGACACCAGUCAAGGGCCAGUGUUUAAAGGGGCCUUCCCAAUGAUAAAAGUUCAAAUAAGUAUGUCAACUCUUUUUAGCACCAAAUAGAUGCUCAGAUUCAACCAAGGUCUAUAGAUGGCAAGAUAAUUUGAGGAAACAUAAGUUUUCUCUAACUUUCUUCUUUUCUUCACACUGUCCAUGUUCUUUAAUGAGUCUAGUUUCAGGAUGAUUGAUCAUGAAUAUUGUUUUGCAUGAUUUUGUGGGGUGUUCAUCCUUGUGAAUUUUUUGAGAUGACGGAGUUGACAUUCUGCUUUAAAUUCAUCUUGGUAACACUUGACUCACAAACCCAAAAGAAAAUAAAUACUGAGCAAAUAAGAAAGAAUAAUAAAUAAUGUUAUUGGUCAAA